GCUUAGUUUUGAAGCUGUCCUUCUUCACAAGGAGGAAUCCAAUCCCAGGCCUGUCUUAACCGGAAUCGAUCCAGUCCUCGGUGCACAAGGUUUCUCUUAUUUGGUCCGGAUCUAAUCGGGUCCAGUCUGAGUUUGUUCCGAACACUACUGAAAGGAAAGGAUUGUGUUAGAGAUCAAAAUCCGUUGAAUGGAAGUGCAGAGAAGCUCUGUUCAGAUCUGAACCCAAAAUUUCAAGAAUUGAACAGCUCCAUUCAAACUGUUACUCAACGGUUAGAAUGGUUUGACCCCGAUCUGCAGGCAGAUAUCAAUGAUCCCGACAUCUCAAGAGUUGUAUCCAAGCUGGGGAAGGAGAAAGAGAAGAUGAAAGACGACUUCCUGAAGAAGCUUGCCCGGGCAGAAGCUGCCAUGUCCGCGGUUCGUAGCAUGAUGGCACAGGUUUUGGUCAUAUUGGCAUCGCUCUCCACCGCAACACUUUCCUCGAACAAUCUCGCGGGGAAAGUGGUAAUUUGGCUCUUUGUGCCUGUUAUUAGUGGUGUGAAAUUGUCAUUCUAUUUGGCGGUAUAUGGAUGCUACAUAAGGCUUAAAGCUAUCAGUCUAGAAGUCCAGGGCCUCCUUGUGAAGAAGGAGAGCUUCAAAACUAAGCUUAAGACAUUUGAGGAGAUGGUAUCAAGAAAGCGGUCUAAUGACACGGAGAACCCACAAUCUCCCGAGGCGGAGCAGAGGAGAGAGCAGAUUGUUGCAAAGCUUCAGACCUUCAAGAAAGAAAUGGACUCUGUUGAGAACGUCACUAUCCCUUGCUAUGUGGAGCUUGUUCUAACAACAUUCCUUUCUACUGUGCAGGCUGUUGUUCUUAUUGUGUUGAUCGUUACUACUCACCAUAAAGUUGCCGCUGCUGUUGCCCCCCCUCGAGUGCCUACGUGAAGGAUUUACAAUUUUUAUUAUGGGUUGUCAAUUUGUUUUUUAUUGUUGUUGACUUGUUGGAUCUGGACAUUUCCAUGUUUAGCUUAAUUAAUAUGCAGUUAUCGU